GGUCUUUAACCAGUGAUUUCACGACAACCCUGCCGCCCAAGCAGUUCAUGUUGCUCAGGGAUCCUAUGCUAGCAAUCAUCAUUCUACAACCAUCUGCAAAGCUUAUUGCUACGGCUUGUUGAUUCCGUAGUGGAUCAGUGCCUUCUUUAUUCUUGAAAUUCUUUCGGUGUACUGUGGGUCUGAUGGCUCCCGGGCGAAGUAUGUCCAGAAUUCCUGUACGGUGCCUCUCCGGUGCACGAGAGGAGCUUGAAGAGUCACUUCCAAAAGCCACCAUACAUCCGCUGUCCAACUGCGAUGAUUCAAAUGUCCGAAACGCUACUCAUUUAUCUCAGAACCGGCUACAGUCAAGCCAUCCAGCUCGAAGCCUAGAAACAGAUGGUGUAUUUUCCUCAGGCCAAGACACGCGUGAGUCGGAAGACUGGUUCAAUGAGCUAGACGAUUUGAUUAGAACCAUGCAAUGUCCCUCGACCCUACGAGGAAGAUAUCAACCAGUCAGGAUAGCGAUAAUCGACACCGGCCUUCAUCCAACGUACCGAUCCCGAUUGAAUGUGGUCGAGUAUAAGGACUUGAUCGACAACAGACUCACCAUGCGUGACAAUACAUGGCAUGGUACCCUGUCUGCCACUCUCGCUGCCGGUGCGUGUGACAACGCGGAAUUAUACAUCGCAAGAAUCUUCGACACAAAGGACGCAGAUAUCGAACAAGGGCCGCGCCUUAUGGCUAAGGUCAUUGCAUGGGCAAUCGAGCCCAAGCGUCGAGUUGACAUUAUCAGCAUCUCCGCUGGCUUUGCUAGACACUCCCCUGAAUUACAGCGAGCAGUCAACAAAGCUAGCAACGCAGGAACGCUGAUCUUCGCCGCCGCCUCAAACUGGGGCAAUCGGGGUCGCGUCGCCUUCCCAGCCCGCCACAGUUUCAAGACUAUGUGCAUCUUCUCGACCAACUCCCGGGACCAGGCAUCAUCCUUCAACCCCGAGCCCCGCGAACGUGCAGAUAAUUUCGCGAUUCUGGGAGAAGCUCUCACGCAUCCCGCUGACUCCACUAAGUGCGAAAGUGGCACCUCUAUGACCACAGCCAUUGCCGCUAGACUGACGACUCGUAUCAUCGACGUUAGCCGGCAUGAGGAUAACGCCACAAUCGAGCGCGUGGCCGACGUGAGCUCCCUCGCGGGCAUGACUGCUAUUUUCCGAUCUAUGUCCAAACGGGCAGGGCCGUUUCAAUGCGUCUCGCCGUUGCAACUAAUGCCAGAGCGGCAUAUGGAUAACACGAGAGAGAGGAACCGCGCGUACGUGCGGGAGAGCCUUCAUCGUGCUAUGGAGCGCGCGGGCUAAAAGGUUCUGGAAGCUGCGAUGUGCACAAGCAAAGUGUUUAUAUAUGUAGUUGAAAGCUUGUUUGAAAUAAAUCGACGCAAUAAGCUUGCACCUCAUCAUCAUCCAAGACUGCCCCGCCCUCCGAUCCCGAACGAAGCCCGUUUGUAUCACAGCUCCAACGACCAAUUCUUAGCAAACUACCCAUCGCGUGCAUAGG